AUGAUUUCAUUAAUACUUUUUUUGGUAACACCUACAAAAAUUUAUAGCUUCAAACCUAAUAGAUGUAAUUUCUUAUUGCCAACUAAUAACACAUUAACUAAUUUUAAAUUAUGCUCCAUUGAGGAAGGUGGCGAUGUUGAUUACUCGUUAAUGACUAUGAUUGACAACGAAGGCAAGAUUCUUAACAAGAAAAGGACUCUAUACAAUGUAGCUACCAAAUCACUUGGUACAUUGUGCGAAGUUGAUGAUUUUUAUCAAGGAAAAUACAAAGUCGUAUGGACCAUAAGGGGUGUGGCGCAGAAACUAGUUUUUAGAAAUCGAGACUCUAAUCCGCCUCCCUUAAAAACAAGUCCUUUUAAAUUUGCUGGACUAUCUGGAUUUGUUUUGAAAUUGUGGAUCGACGGGUUGCCAAAGGCACCCAAAGGAUAUAUGUCAAUGGAGCUAUGUCAGAUCGAAUGGUGGGGAUCAUUAGAUCCAAAAAUUUGUGUUUUCAUAAAUGAUACUCUGAAAGGACCUUUCUAUUACAAAUCGCAUCAGUAUAACGAUGCCUGUCUGGCUAUGUGUAAACUUGAUGAUGUUGAUAUCAAAAAACCCCUAAAAGUUGGUGUGAUGGUGGCUCCAACUAGUAUGUUACUCACUCAAUCGGAUGAUAGGGGGAUUGUUUCCAAAAAAUAUGAUAAAAAUAGUUGA